CAGUAUUCUAAUACACAUGCUAAAAUUGUUGUAACAUUUCAUUAUGGAAAAUUAAAUUACAGUUAUUUGGGAAAAGUUAGUUUCGAGGACCAAAAUGGGAAGCUUGCCAGACACGACAGAACUAUCCAAAAGGGUAGAAAACACCUUAAUCUGCUACCACAAUAUUGAGGACAACGCAUGGAGAAUAACAAAAAAAUCUAAAGAUGUCACAGUCUGGAGAAAGCCAUCAGAGGAAUUUAAUGGAUUUCUUUACAAAGCACAGGGCCUGGUUCAGGAGAUUCCUGGAAGAAUCAUAGAUUACAUUCGUCCAGGCCCAUACAGAUUAGACUGGGAUAGCCUGAUGACAUCAAUGGACAUUGUAAAAACACUUGAUAAGAAAGGUUGUUGUGUGAUGCGAUACACAACAGCAGGACAGCUGUGGAACAUCAUUGCUCCAAGAGAGUUUGUAGAUUUCUCCUACACAACUGAUUUUCAGGACGGACUUUUGUCCUGUGGUGUCAGUGUAGAGCAUGAGCCGCAGCAGCAGAAUGUGGUGAGGGGGUUUAACCACCCCUGUGGCUGGUUCUGUGUCCCCACGGAAACCGGGCCUGGUUCUGUCCAGAGCCUGCUGACGGGCUACAUCCAGACUGACCUGAGAGGAAUGAUCCCACAGUCUGCUGUGGACACAGCCAUGGCCAGCACACUCAUCAACUUCUACGGUGACCUCAGACGAGCCCUGAGAGCGUAAACACCCCUACCAGAUCCACUGAGUAAUAUCGUAACAUUUAUAACUUAUUGCACUCCAAAAAUAAGCACCAGUCUAUUGACAGUUUAUAGUCAAGUAUUAACUGUGCAGUUGAGUUGUUCAUAAACAUAUUGAU